AUCAUAUGCAGAUGCAGACACAUCCAGACCCACAAAUACUCAUCCCACAUGGAUUCGCGAUACAGAGUACCCACACCCAUAUUUCUCACCCCCUUCCUCCUUCUCUUCUUCCCCAAAAAACAAAAUUUUUAAAAUUAUUAUUAUUAUAGACAAGCCAGCUCUCCCCAGAUUGGCUACACAUUUUGAUUUUAAUUAUAAUUCUUCCUUCCAAUUGUUCUCGAGCCAGAACUCCCAGACAAUUCUUCUUGGAUCUGCAGACAUUCGCUUACCUUCGCUGCAUCGAAAUGAGGAAUCAACUCCGUUUUCUUCUGGUUUUUCAAGGUUCAGAAACUGAGUCGUGGCCUCGACUUAAGAUUUGAGGGCGAAGGAAGAGGAAGGGAGGUUCAUUUAUUCACCUUUAAGAACGCUGGAUUUUAUUUCUGGAUGGCGGUGAUCUCCAAUGAGCUGUUCAAAAUUACUUGUUCGGUUAUGUGUUAAUGGAGCCAGAAUCCUAUGUCGGAAGGGUCUUGCUGCGUUGUAUGGGUAGACUUGACAGUAAAUGAUAAAUCAAUCCCUUACGAAGUGGGAGUAAAUCUUUUGGUAGUUGAGAAAAAGGGGUUGAGUAUAUUUAAGAAGAGUUAGAUAUGGCCGCAAAGCUCCUGCAUUCUUUAGCCGAUGACAGCCCUGAUUUACAGAAGCAGAUAGGAUGCAUGACCGGGAUUUUCCAGCUUUUUGAUCGGCAUCACAUUCUUACUGCCCGACGAAUUAACCAGAAGAGGCUUCCUCCUGCUAAUUGUCCGAGUGGAAACUCUGACUUUGGUGAUGGCAUCCUGGAAAAUGAUUCUAGUAAAGCAAGCCAGCGCCAAACAGCAUCUGAUGUGAGCUCAAACAAGGGAAUUGGUGAGAAACAAAGGAUAUCCACAGAGUCAUCAAGGGCCUCUUUCUCAUCGUCAUGUUCAUCAUCCUUGUCCUCGCUGGAUUGCAGAGCUCAAGUGGAGGCUUCCUUUGAUCGCAUUAUUUACCCUGAAACUCCUUCAAGGGAACCGAUUAUGAACCAAACAGCUGCCUCUCCCCAUUUAGGACUGCAGUCCCUUGACCUGAGGGAUGUGGUGAAGGAUUCUAUGUAUAGGGAGGCCAGAGGACUAUCAGUCAAGAAGGCUAUAGCGGAAGAAGAAGCUGUCUUCAAUGCUAUGAAGCACAGGGACUCACCAAGACCACUUCAGCUUUCCAGAUCUGUUGAUGGAUCUUGUGGAGUUGGAAUUGAUGGAAAGCAAAGUGUGCGUGCUGAUGUAAAAGAAUCUCUCAGAGUUCUUGCUAAACUUAGAGAAGCACCAUGGAAUUAUGGUGAAGCUAGAGAAAUUCCAAGAUCAUCAAGUGAAGUGAAAGACGGAGACUGGCAUUUGAUCUCAAAGGAUGCUCCUCGGUUUUCUUAUGAUGGAAGAGAAAUAGGUCGUUUAUCUUUUGAAUCAAGGGAUACAAUCAAAGGACCAGCAAAGCUAAAAGAGCUUCCUAGACUCUCACUGGACAGUAGGGAAGGUUCAUGGUGCACUUAUAGCUCUGAUUCAAAGCCCAAUCACCUAUCAAGGGGCCUUGGCAGUGGCAAAUCUGCAUCAGAUGACAAAAUGUGUAGUUUACCACAGUCUGCAGCAACCCAGAGGCGGCCUCCUAGUGUUGUAGCAAAAUUGAUGGGCUUGGAAGCAUUGCCUGAUUCCCAUUUGGUUGUUGAUACUCCGUUCAGUUUGAGUGGUGAUCUCUCAGGUCAGCAUGAUACACAGUCUCCAAAAUUAUCAAAAACUGGACUGAUCAAGCCACUCAAAGUUCUUAAUUCCCCGAAAAGCUCAUUGAAAGACCCAACUUCACCACGACGGAAGAACCCUGAUUUGGUUAUGAAACCCAUUUCAAGUUCGAGAUUGCCAAUUGAACCAGCACCUUGGAAGCAGCAGGAUGGAAAUCGGAGCUUGCAGAAAUCAAGCAUGAAGGCCCUGAAAGCUCCAGCAAGAACACCAGAUUCAUUUCCUUCUGUUUAUAGUGAUUUUGAGAGGAGAUUGAAGGAUCUUGAGUUCAAACAGUCUGGAAGAGACCUCCGAGCUCUCAAACAGAUACUGGAAGCAAUGCAGGCAAAGGGAUUUUUAGAGACCAGAGAAGAAGAACAAGCUGUAGAUGUUGGAGGUCAAAGAGACAAUGGAACAAAUUCUGUGAGUCUGAUUCAGAGCUCUAGAUCAGCAAGGCAGCAAAACCCCCAUGGCAAUAAUUUUCUGUCUCCCUCAAGGAGGGUAGCAGACUCUGCAAGGGCUUGUGAAUCUCCAAUUGUGGUCAUGAAACCAGCAAGGCUUAUUGAGAAAACUGGAAUUUCUACUUCCUCAGUAAUUCCUGUUGGUGGACUUUCUGGUUUCCAUAAAGUUGACAGUGUUGCAAAUGAAGAUAAGAAAAGAAUUUCACCUUCCAGUCGAACAUCUAAAGGUCACUCUUCUAAAAACAGUCGCAGGGAUACUACUGCCAGCUCCUAUGAUGGGAAGGCUGGUUGUAGCAAGACCCUAAAACCCACACAAUCUCAACCUACGUCUCAACAAUUUUCAAAAGAAAAUAGCUCAAGUUCAAUUAACUCAGGAUCUCUGAGCCCAAGAAUGCAACAGAAGAAGCAAGAGGUUGAGAGGCGAUCUUGUCCCCAAACUCCACCAUCAGAUCCUAAUAAAGCGAGAAGGAAAUACAGUAAACAUGCAAGAGAUUCAGGCUCUCCAGGUGGAAAACUGAGACCGAAAUCCCCUUACUUACAGCAUAGUGACAACCCACUGGGUCUGAUAAGAAAUGAAACAAGAACAUCAAGUUGCCAAAAGGAUGAAGUGUUUGUGGAAUCUGACAGUAUCACUGCGUCACCCUUGAAUAUGGAUAUGGAAAUCAGCAGUAGUAUACAAUCUUCUCAAAAUAAUGGUAGCCAGAGCCCUUCCAUGAAAACUACGACGCAGUCAAUUUCAGGAUCAAUGCAGGAGAAAUCAAUUCCAAGGUUGGAUGAAGAUGAGUCAGCUGCUGAUAUUGCAAUAAAUUCCCAAGAACAUCCAAGCCCUGUAUCGGUCCUUGAUGGCUCCGUAUACAGAGAUGAUGAACCUUCUCCUGUGAGGCAGAUCGCUGAUACUCCCAAAGCUGAUGGUGCCCAAGAGUAUAAAGGAAAUGAGAAUGAAGAUUGGUGGACUCCUGUGGAUAAAUUAGUUUACAGUGCAGGAUCUGGAGAGAUCGAUCGCAAGAAACUGCAGAGCAUAGAUCACCUUGUUCAGAAACUUAGACGGGUGAAUUCCAGUCAUGAUGAAUCUAGAAUUGACUACAUUGCUUCCCUCUGUGAAAAUACAAAUCCUGACCAAAGAUACAUCUCUGAAAUACUGUUAGCUUCAGGCCUCCUGCUGAGAGACCUGAGCUCUGAGCUGCUGACAUUUCAACUUCACCCUUCAGGUCAUCCCAUUAACCCUGAGUUAUUUUCCGUGUUAGAGCAAACCAAGGCAAGUAGUUUUGUUCCAAAAGAAGAAUGUGGAACAGGAAAAGUUGUUUGCUUGGAGCUAAAUGCAGAGAAAUUUCACAGGAAACUCAUAUUUGAUGCUGUUAAUGAGAUUCUUGGUUUGAAGUUAGCUUUAGUCAGCUCUUCUCCCGAACCUUGGGUGAAGCCUAGCAGGCUUACCAAGAAAACCCUCAGUGCACAAAAGCUUCUUAAAGAGCUCUGCUUUGAGAUAGAAAAAAUGCAAUUCAGGAAGCCUGAAAGCACUCUAGAAGAUGAAGAACAUGGUCUCAGAAGUAUACUCUGGGAAGAUGUGAUGCAUGGCUCAGAGAUCUGGUUAGAUUUCCAUGAUGAAAUAUCUGGGGUUGUGUUGGAUGUUGAAAGAUUGAUAUUCAAGGACCUAGUUGAUGAGAUUGUGAUUGGUGAAGCAGCUGGCCUGCUAAUCAAGUCUAGUAGGCGCAGGAAGUUGUUUGGCAUGUAGUUUGUUCAGUUUAUCUGCUCAUCUCAGUUCUACCAUUUUCAUGUCAUGCACAAUUUUCUUGUUUUUUUCUCUAAGGUGUAAAAGCUUGCAGAUUAUAGAUGCGAUGAUUUCUGCUAAGGUGUAACAAGACUUACCAUGAAUUUACAGCAUAAAUAUUAUCAAGAUUCAAAAUGUGAAA